AUGGAUGUGACAGUGGACAGCUUAAACGUUCGUUACAAGGAGGAAGAUGGGACCGUGUUCUUUGAGUCUUAUGUGCCCCCUUCUCGGGAUGCUGUCCACCUGCCCACCUAUGUCCUCUACCUGCUCAUAGCUAUCUUCAUCGUGCUGUCUGUUCUUUACGCCAUCAUUGGGCACCUCAUCAAAGACCUCAUCCAUGACUGUGCAGAUUGGAUGUUUGGGGAGCAGCCUGAGGAAGUGGUGGUGAACUACUGUGAGGCAAAGGAUAAGUUCAUGGCCGACUGGUGUCCAGAAACCUCACCUGAACUGGAGGCGAUGGCUCGGGCCGAGGAGAACAAGGUGGCUGACAGGGACUUCAUGAAAGCCCCUGCCAUUUGGAUCAUCAACACAGAACCUCGGGGGAGCAGGACGGGACCCCGAGUGAUUUUUGGGAAGAGGACUUAA